AUGGUUGCCGAGAGCUCAAAGUCGUCUCGUAGUCGGUCGUCUGUGCAGAAGAGGGAGCUUCUCUGUGGACAUGGUGAGAGACCCCUGCUACAAACUUCAGGAACGAAGAACAACACUGGGCGACGAUUUUGGGGCUGCGUCUACUAUGAGAUUAAAGAAGAGUUUGAGUUCUUCCGAUGGGCAGACCUAGAAGGUGAGAGUGAAGAUCCGCAGGUUGUAAGGUUAAAGAGGAAAAUUUUAGCCCUGAAAGCAAAAGUAAGGGACAUUGAGUGGAAGUUAAAGGUAGCUGCAGUGUUGGGCAAGGUUGGAUGGAUUAGUUUAUUUGUUUCUGGUUGCAGAUUUGGUUGA